CCAGUCUCUUCUUAAACUCUAAGUGUUCUACCAAAACUUGAAGAAAAGAUGUUCCACAGACAAAUUGAAUACUCUGUUAAAAAAACAUCAAAUCUUCGAUGCCACCAUCACAGGGGGCAGCAGUGAAGUUGCGAGCUGCAACGUAUCUUUCCCCUAAUAUACCCGUAGAAUUCUACGAAAUGACGUUGAAUUACUUGGAAAAAGCUCUAAAUCUACACACCACAUUGAUGUAUGAAUCCCGUUGGGAAGGUCCUCCACCAGACAGAGCCGAUCCAUUUAUUGAAAAUGAAUUGGACUUAGCUUGGAUGAGUAGUACCGUGUACUUAAGGAUGCUCGAGAAAGGAAACAAGUAUAUUGAACUUUUGCCCGUGUCUUCAACCCACCUUCAUCCACGAGGCGAAGACCGUCCAGGAUAUUUUGCUGAUGUCAUCAUUCACAAAGACUUAAGUGAAAAAGUGAAAGAAUUCCUGGAUUUGCGAGGAAGUAAGUGGGCAUAUAACAGAGCAGAAUCUCUCAGUGGACAUAUAGUGACUUUACAAACUCUCAAAGAACUUGGAGAGAAUGCCAGCUUCUUUGGGAACAUUCUCUACUCGGGGUCCCACCUCGAGUCCAUACGAAUGGUGAUAAACAAGAAAGCUGAUGCUGCUGCUGUUGAUGCAAACUGCUUGGCUCUCUUUUUGGAUAGGAACCCUUGUGUGCGUGAUGACUUAAAGGUAUUAAGUUCAUGGGGAAUGUUAACACCCUACCCUUUGGUGGUUAACAGACGUCUUCCUGAUGAUUUAAAGAGUAAAAUUGUCACUACUCUACUUGAUAUGCAUAAGACUCGAGAGGGAGCUCAAGCUUUGUCAGAAUUCCGAGUCAGACGUUUUGCUUCGAUUUCUCUCCAAGAUUUUGAUCAAGAAAAAGAACUUAUUGAAAGUACAAAAAGUUUAAGUUUUGAUACAGUAUAUUAUUGAACCAGUUUCCAGU